GCUAAUCGCAAGAAAAGAAAAGGAAAGAACAAGUCUUUCUUUUUUUAUUCAGAAUCUAAUCGUAUAUUCACUGCAAUUUUCUCAUCCAGAUCUUCAACUCUUUCAAGGAAUACCAAGUCUUAACUAGGAAGAUGAGUAAUUGCGUUGGCCAGAUUUUGAUACAGCAGCACUUCCUCCGUCCUACGGUUUUAAAGCAUCAAAGCAAACUCAAAAAUUCUUCUGGCGUCCCUAACAUAUCCUUUUGUGCCAAUGCUUCCCUGAGUAAUUCGGCCCAGCAGCGCAGGUCUUGGAUUUCUACAAAGUUCUAUGGCAACAGAUUGAUAAGUAAGAGGAAGCAGAAAAUAGCCAUGGGGAGCCGACGGGCCUUUACGUUCAUCCCUCAAGCCGUAUUAGCUGCUAAUCUGGCUUCUGAGCAGCACCUUGCAAGAUUCAAUGUUGAUGGGAAUACUGAAUUGCAGGUUGAUGCUAGUACUCCUGCUUCAGGAUCUAUUACACAAGUAAAUUUUAGAAUCAUUUACAGUAGCGACUCUUUACUCUUGCACUGGGGUGUGAUAUGCGAUGGAAACGAAAACUGGGUACUUCCUUCACGUCAACCGGAAGGGACCAAAAAUUACAAGAAUAAGGCCUUACGAACUCCAUUUGUGGAGUCUGGCUCCAGUUCCUAUUUAAAGUUAGAAAUUGAUGAUCCUAGCAUCCAAGCUAUAGAGUUUAUUAUAUUUGAUGAAGCCCGAAAUAUAUGGAUAAAAAAUAAUGGUCAGAACUUUCAUGUGAAGUUACCUUGGAAGGUGACAUUGAUUUCAAAUAUUUCAUUACCUGAAGAUCUUGUUCAGAUUCAAGCAUAUUUUAGGUGGGAGCGAAAGGGUAAACAGAUGUACACCCGAGAGAAAGAGAAGGAAGAAUAUGAAGCAGCUCGUGCUGAGCUGUUGGAGGAAAUAGCCAGGGGUACUUCUGUGGAUGACAUUCGGACAAAGCUAACAAAAAAAGGUGGACAAGAAUUUAAGGACUCAGCUAUUCCUGAAAAAAAAAACGCGAUACCCGAUGAUCUUGUCCAAAUACAAUCCUAUAUACGAUGGGAGAAAGCAGGGAAGCCAAAUUAUUCCCCAGAGCAACAGCUUAGGGAAUUUGAUGAAGCAAGGAAAGAGUUGCAAUUCGAACUAGAAAAAGGUGCAUCUCUUGAUGUAAUUCGAAAGAAGAUUACUAAAGGAGAGAUAGAGACAAAGGUUUCAAAGCCACCGCAGAACAAAAGAUAUUUUAGUGCUCAACGGACUCAGCGCAAGCAGAGGGACCUGAUGGUGCUUCUUAAUAAGCAUUCAGUGAAAUCUGCAGAAGGAAGUAUAACAGUUGAACCAAAACCAUUGACAGCAGUUGAAAGCUUUGCUAAGAAAAUUGAACUGGAUAGCAGCCUUGUUAUGAACAAGAAAAUUUACAAAUUUGGUGAGAGGGAGGUUUUGGUGCUUGUCACCAAAUCUGCUGAUAAGAUAAAGAUUCACAUAGCUAGUGAUUUUGAAGAACCGCUUACCCUUCACUGGGCUCUAUCUGAAAAGGCUGGAGAGUGGCUGCCACCACCUCGCACUGUUCUCCCUCCAGGUUCAGUUUCUUUAGGUGGAGCUGCUGAAUCAACAUUUUCAACAUGCUCUUUUGAUGAUCUUCCCAAACAGGUUCAAUGCAUUGAGUUGGAGAUUGAGGCCGGUAAUUUUAAAGGGAUGCCAUUUGUUCUUCUGUCUGGAGAGAAGUGGAUAAAACAUAAUGGCUCCGACUUCUAUGUGGACUUCAGCCAGAGAUUCAAGCAAGAUCAAAAGGAUGCUGGUGAUGGCAAAGGUACUUCAAAGGUUUUGUUGGAUAGAAUAGCUGAAAUGGAGAGUGAGGCACAAAAGUCUUUUAUGCACAGGUUUAAUAUUGCAUCAGAUUUAAUGGAUCAAGCCAAAGAUACUGGCGAAUUGGGCCUGGCUGGGAUCUUAGUGUGGAUGAGGUUUAUGGCUACGAGGCAGCUCAUAUGGAAUAAAAACUACAAUGUGAAACCACGGGAGAUAAGUAAGGCGCAGGAUAGACUCACUGACUUGCUCCAGAGUACUUACACUACUCAUCCACAGCAUCGCGAGCUUUUGCGCAUGAUUAUGUCUACUGUUGGUCGUGGAGGUGAAGGGGAUGUGGGGCAAAGAAUUAGGGAUGAAAUAUUGGUCAUCCAGAGGAACAAUGACUGCAAGGGAGGGAUGAUGGAGGAAUGGCACCAGAAGUUGCAUAAUAAUACUAGUCCAGAUGACGUUGUAAUCUGUCAGGCACUGAUCGACUAUAUUAAAAGUGACUUUGACAUUAGCAUCUACUGGAAGACUCUAACUGAGAAUGGAAUAACUAAGGAACGCCUCUUAAGUUAUGAUCGUGCUAUCCAUUCUGACCCAAGUUUUGGGAGAGAUCAGAAGGAUGGUCUAUUGCGUGAUCUUGGCCAUUAUAUGAGAACCUUGAAGGCUGUUCAUUCUGGUGCAGAUCUUGAGUCUGCUAUUUCUAAUUGCAUGGGCUACCAAGCAGAGGGUGAAGGUUUCAUGGUCGGGGUGCAAAUAAACCCUGUAGCUGGCUUGCCCUCUGGAUUUCCAGAAUUGCUUCAGUUUAUACUUCAACAUGUUGAAGACAGAAAUGUAGAAGCCCUGAUUGAGGGUCUACUUGAGGCUCGUCAAGAGCUUCAGCCAUUGUUGUCGAAGUCUAGUGAUCGUCUGAAGGAUCUAUUGUUUUUAGACAUUGCCCUUGACUCUACUGUUAGGACAGCUACUGAAAGAGCUUAUGAGGAGCUGAACAAUGCUGGACCAGAGAAAAUCAUGUACUUCAUCACUCUCAUCCUAGAAAACCUUGCACUUUCAUCUGAUGACAAUGAGGAUCUGAUCUAUUGUUUGAAGGGAUGGCAUCAUGCCAUAAGCAUGUGCAAUAGUCAAAGUGCUCACUGGGCACUGUACGCGAAGUCAGUACUGGAUAGAACUCGCCUUGGACUGUCUAGUAAGGCUGAGUGGUACCAGCGUAUCUUGCAACCAUCAGCAGAAUAUCUUGGAUCAUUGCUUGAAGUAGAUCCAUGGGCUAUCAACAUAUUUACAGAAGAAGUUAUCCGUGCUGGAUCAGCUGCAACUUUAUCUUCGCUUAUUAAUCGACUUGAUCCUGUUCUUAGGGAGACUGCUCAUCUUGGAAGUUGGCAGGUUAUCAGUCCAGUUGAAGUUGUUGGGUAUGUUGAUGUUGUAGAAGAGCUGCUUGCUGUACAGAAUAAAUCUUAUGACCGGCCUACUAUUUUAGUGGCAAAAAGUGUAAAAGGAGAAGAAGAAAUUCCAGAUGGCACAGUUGCUGUAUUGACACCUGACAUGCCUGAUGUUUUAUCACAUGUUUCUGUCCGAGCAAGAAAUUGCAAGGUUUGCUUUGCUACAUGCUUUGAUCCUAAAAUUCUGGCUGACCUCCAAGCAAACAAAGGGAAAUUAUUACGCCUAAAACCUUCAUCUGCAGAUGUAGUUUAUAGUGAGGUGAAGGAGGGUGACCUAGCUGAUUCAAGUAACUUGAAGGGAGAUGGUCCAUCAUCUAUUACUUUGGUUAGAAAGCAGUUUGGUGGUAAAUAUGCCAUAUCAGCAGAGGAAUUUACACCUGAAAUGGUCGGUGCUAAAUCACGCAAUAUCUCAUAUCUAAAAGGAAAAGUUCCAUCUUGGGUUGGGAUUCCCACAUCAGUUGCCCUUCCAUUUGGAGUAUUUGAGAAGGUUCUUGCAGAUAAACUAAACCAGAGGGUGGUUGAGAAGUUGCAAAUUUUGAAGAAAAAGUUGGGAGAAGGAGACUUUGAUGCACUUGGGGAGAUUCGUCAGACGGUUCUACAACUGGCAGCACCACCCGAAUUGGUGAAAGAGCUGAAGACCAAGAUGCUAAGUUCUGGAAUGCCUUGCCCCGGAGAUGAAGGUGAACAGAGGUGGGAGCAAGCAUGGACUGCUAUAACGAAGGUCUGGGCCUCAAAAUGGAAUGAGAGAGCAUAUUUCAGCACCAGGAAAGCCAAACUAGACCACGAGUACCUAUGCAUGGCUGUCCUGGUUCAGGAAAUAAUCAAUGCUGAUUAUGCAUUUGUUAUCCAUACUACUAAUCCUUCUUCAGGGGACUCAUCAGAGAUCUAUGCUGAGGUGGUGAAGGGACUUGGAGAAACUCUGGUUGGAGCUUAUCCAGGUCGUGCUUUGAGUUUUGUUUGCAAGAAAAGCAAUCUCAGCUCUCCUCAGGUAUUGGGAUACCCGAGCAAACCAAUUGCUCUCUUCAUAAGGCGUUCCAUUAUCUUCCGCUCUGAUUCAAAUGGUGAAGAUCUAGAAGGUUACGCGGGUGCUGGCCUUUAUGACAGUGUGCCCAUGGAUGAAGAAGAGAAAGUAGUGGUUGAUUACUCAUGUGACCCAUUGCUAAACGAUGGCAAGUUCCAACAAUCUAUCCUGUCUAGCAUUGCAGGGGCAGGAAAGGCUAUAGAGGAACUUUAUAGAUCCCCGCAAGAUAUUGAAGGUGUGAUUAGGGAUGGUAAGGUUUAUGUUGUCCAGACAAGACCCCAGAUGUGAUCCCUUUUUGUUCUAUAUUAUUUCUUCUUUAUGGCAAGCCUUUGUAAAGUGACGGGGAAAAGAGAGCAAAUGAGGAGAAGGAAGCAGGAAAACAAAAAACAAUGAAAGCAAAAAUUAGGAAAAGAAUAAAGAGGGGUUAUUUAAAACCACAAAAGUAAAAAGUUGGUAUGUAGUAUCAGAUGCCAUUUUACAGGGUGGCCGAUUCAGUGCUAUUAUUAUUAUUAUUAUUAUUAUUAUUAUUAUUAUUUUGUAAUUUAUAGUAAAUACUAUGCUUCCUGUCCCAAGGUAGUAUUACCAUAUACUAUUGAUUAUUUUUCAAGUGAAAUAAUAAAGAUACUUUUUAUUUUAUAA